AUGAUGGCCACUACAGCAGCCCCAUUCAUUCGCGUGUCCCGAAAACGGACGGCGGAUCCGAAAAGCGCCUUGAUGGUCUGCAUCAAGCGUGGCAGGCUGGAUGGGACUAAUGACGUGGGUGACCCGUUGCUCUUCUCCCUUUGUGCAACCCAGGAUUCUCCUCAUCUUCCUGUCGAUAUUAAGAUCAUCGACUACAAAGGCGCUCCAGUCGCACAGCCGAACUUCAGCGAUCUACUGGUGCAACAGGUUGAUGAGACCGAACAACCUCUCGCGCAGUUUGGCGAUGCUGUAGGAGAGAUUGGCGAUUUCCGGGUCGACCGCCCAAAAGCCAGCGCGGACGUGAUCACCUGCAAUGGGCGGCCAAUGAUGAAGCUCAUUCCAAAUGAAAGCGAUAUUGUCUACGAUUUUUAUGAGAUCAAAAAGGGAGAGAUUCGGGCCGCAAUCGAUGAAGCGGAUUUCGAGAUGCGAUUCAUGUCGCAGGAGGAAUUCAAUCUCUGGAUGGACUCUGGCUCUGAUUCGGAGGAAUGCGCAGAUGACGAUGAAGAUUCGAAUGACGAGAACCACUGGGGCAACGAUUAUCCGGAAGAAGAGUCGGGUAGUGGCGAAGAUGAUGACACUUAUUCUGAAGGCGAUUCGCGCGAUGAGGACGAUGUUAUUGGGAUGCGAAAUUUGCGAUUGGAUGAAAGUGACCCCGACUUCGGAGAAUAUGGUUCUGAAGGCGAUGAGGAUGAAGCGGAAGCAGCUGGC